AUGUUUCCAAAUCCUGGCUUUGAGAGGGAGAUGACCUGUCGGACGUGGGGUCAGUACAACUUUGAAACCUUUGACGGACUCUACUACCACUUCCCCGGUCAAUGCUCUUACACUCUGCUGAAGGACUGUGAGGAUACCACCCAGGCCAGCAUCGUCGUCCAGGUCCACAAUGACCCGGGCUGCAGCUCUGCCCCCUACACCUGCCGACGGUCUGUCAGCCUCUUCCUCCCGUGGGAGGGAGAAGUUCGGUUGCACGCCACCAACGUGACCUACAAGGGCCAAAGUCUGCAGCUGCCUCAUCACAUCCACGACCUGCAGCUAGAGCACAUCUCCCAGUAUGUUCUGGUGACGCAGCAGCACGGCUUCACGCUGGCUUGGGAGGGACGCAGCGGCUCCGUCUACAUCAAACUCAGCCCAGAGUUUGUGGGCAGAACCUGCGGCCUGUGUGGGAACUUCAACGCAGACGUCCAGGACGACCUGAGGACCAGCUAUGGCGUGCUGACUCAUGAUAUAGAACUGUUUGGAAACAGCUGGGUGGAGACGGAGCCCCACGAGGCUCGAUGUCCCAUGGUGCCCUCUGGCUUCUCUUCACCCUGUGCUGCAGUCGAAACUCAUGUCCUGCUGAAAGUGGAGGAGGUGUGUGCAAUGCUGCUGGAUCCACCAUUUCAGAGCUGCCACGACUUUGUCAGUCCCCUGUCCUACAUGGCCAGCUGCUCCAACGACCUCUGCAUGUCGGGUCCCAACGGUGAUGUGGUAUGCCAGGUGUUCAGCGAGUACGCCCGGGCCUGUGCCCAUGCUGACCACCCACUGCACGACUGGAGGCAGCACAUUCCUCAGUGUGCAAAGCAGUGUGCCCUUGGUCUGCAGUACAGGGAAUGCAUCAGCUGCUGCCCAGCGUCCUGCAACCUGGAGCGGACAUGCAUCGACAGCAAGCUGGCCUGUCUGGAUGGAUGCUACUGUCCUGAUGGUAUGAUCUUUGAAGAUGGAGGCUGUGUGACGCCCUCCGACUGUCCCUGCGAGUACCACGGCAUGUUUUAUCCGUCUGGACAGACGCUGCAGGAGGAAUGCAACAACUGCACAUGUGUUGGUGGAGUGUGGAACUGCACCGACUACAGCUGCCCAGGCGAGUGCUCUGUGACCGGCGAUAUGUAUUUUCAAUCCUUUGACGGGCGGAUCUUCACCUUCCCUGCAACAUGUCAGUACGUCCUCGCUAAAAGUCGCAACUCAGGGAAGUUCACAGUCACCAUCCAGAACGCCCCCUGUGGAUCCAGCAGUGUUGUUGUUAGACUGAUCAGAGUGUGUCUGAGAGGGCCCGUCAGCCUCAGCACCACAUACUUGCUGAAACAUGGAGACGAGUGCUUUGAACCUGCAUCCUGCCCCUGCCUAUGGAAAGGAAAGGAGUAUUAUCCCGGCGACAGAGUCUCCUCCCCCUGCCAUCAUUGUGUUUGCCAGCAUGGGACGUUCCAGUGUGUGUUUCAUCCAUGUCCAUCCAUGUGCAUGGCUUACGGUGACCGCCACUACAGGACGUUUGACGGACUGCUGUUUGACUACGUUGGUGCAUGCAAAGUCUAUCUUGUAAAGAGCAGCGCUGAUGUGAUGCUCAGUGUAACAGCCGAGAACAUCGACUGUUUCGACAGCGGGGUCAUCUGCAGGAAAUCUCUGCUGAUCAGCAUCGGCAGAUCCUUCGUAGCAUUCGAUGAUGACACUGGGAAGCCAAAUCCAUCAAGUGUGAUUGACAGGAAGCAGAGGAUGUUCAUCUGGCCAGCCGGGUACUUCACAGUGGUUCAUUUCCCCGAGGAAGACGUCACUGUCCUCUGGGACCGCAGGACGACCAUCCACAUCCAGGUCGGACCUCGCUGGCAGGGCAAGCUGAGUGGGCUGUGUGGCAACUUUGACAUGAAGACGGUGAAUGAGAUGCGGACACCCGACAACAUCGACUCUCCGACUGCACAGGAGUUUGGAAACAGCUGGACUGCAGCAGAGUGUGUGAACAGUCCAGAUAUCAGACACCCCUGCAGCCUCAGUCCGCUCAGAGAGCCAUUUGCAAAGCGGAGGUGUGGCGUGCUGCUCAGUGAAGUCUUCCAGGCCUGCCACCCGGUGGUGGAUGUUACCUGGUUCUACAUGAACUGCCUGGCAGACACGUGUGCCUGCAGUCGUGGAGGCGAUUGUGAGUGUUUCUGCACCAGCGUGGCGGCAUACGCCCAGCGCUGUUGCCACCAGGGCGUUCCUGUCGACUGGCGCUCCCCGUCUCUGUGCCCAUAUGAUUGUGAAUUCUACAACAAAGUUCUAGGUAAAGGUCCCUUCAGGCUGAUCUCCUUCAGGGAUGAGACAAUGCUGUUGGCAGCCAGCAGCUCCAGUGGCUCCGUGUUCCUGCAGCGGGGAAACCUCAGCGCCACCGCCGCCCCUGGAGUCCUCUCGCAGUUCAUGAUGACGCCGGGCCUCAGCCGAGCCCGACCACAUGACACAUCGCGGGUUUCCUUCGAGGCAGCUGACAGACCAAACUACUUCCUGUACGUGAGCCCCAGCGGCCAGGUGGGGCUGGCCAAGUGGGAGGAGAGCAAGGCAUUCUGGGACGGGGCCACCUUCGUCCUCCAUAGGAACACCUGGAUCUCCGGCUACGACUCGCUGGAGUCCCACGCAAAACUGGGCUUCUUCCUGCACGCCACGAUGGCCCGCCUACACCUUCUCAAGUACAGACACAUCGACAGCUUCCGCAAGGCCACGCUGUUCAGACUGACAGGCCCCAGCCUGGACGCCGUGCCCGGUCCUCGGUGUCAGUGGAGGUACGAUUCAUGCGUCAUCCCCUGCUUCAAGACCUGCAGCGACCCGUCAGCUGAAGCCUGUGUCACCAUCCCACAAGUGGAGGGGUGCCUUCCUGUCUGCCCCCCACACAUGGUGCUGGAUGAGGUCACCCGUCGGUGUGUCUAUGUUGAAGACUGCAUUAAGGUCCCAGUUGCUGUGCAGCCUGUAACUCCGUCAACUGCUCCGCUGACCUCUGCAGCUGUCACUUCUGCAACCACCACAAGCAGUGCUGCAUCCACCACCCCCUUCCAGACAACCAGCACCAGCACCAGUACCACUGUAUCCUCUGCCCCUUUACACAGUGGUCCUACCACUAAAAUCACCACCACUAGUCCCGCCGUGAGCACACAGACGACUUUGUCAAAGGCACCACCAGCCCCUGACGAACAGCCGACCCAUCCAGUCACUGUCUCUACUGCAGCCCCUGAACUUUCCAAAACAGCAGGACCCCCAUCUCCUCCAACAGUAGCUCCUACUGUCAGGCCAGAGGUGGAGGAGCCGCUGUCAACUGUCAGAGUGACUGAAGUCUUGUCCACCACUGUAGCAGGUACAACAGCAUGGACGACCAGAGCUGUGAGCUCCACUACCAGCCCUUUCGGGCCCAGCACGUCCAGGACAAGCAGCACUCCCUUGGCCAUCACAGCUCUCUUUUGGGUCACCUCCUCUACCAAGCCCACCGACCUCCUGCAGCCGCUCUUCACAACCACUGCUACAACCCUGCAGCCAUCUACCCCUGCAUCACAGACCACAAGCUCCGUUGAACAGCCCACCACCAUUAGUAACCCUCCUCCUGUUGCUGUGCAACCAACCAAAGAGUACACUGAGGCUACAACACAUUCAGCAGCAGUUACUCCGAUUGUAACCACUUCUAGUCCAAGUCCUGCUCCAGUCUCAGAGACGUCUACAGUAACAGACAGGACUACUGUAACCAGCACAGCUACCACUGCAUACACAGAAACUAGCACCAAGACUGUAACAGUGGAGCAACUACACCCGACAACAACUACACCCAUUCCUCCUGGUUUACCAAGCACAGCCUCCACAACCUCUUCAUCUCUCCCGACCUCGCCUCCUGUCGAAACAAGAACUGUAUCUUUGCCCACAGUCACUUCAUCUAAAACCAUGGAAUCAGUCACACCAGGUGCGCCUUUCACCACCAGUAAAACAACAUUGUCCGCAAGUCCAGAGACAACAUCAGCACCUGCUACCACAGAGAAGAUUCUGCACAGCACUCCUAUCGUACUAAAGACUUCUUCAACAACUGUUCCUGAGUUACCCAAGUCAACCCCAAUCCAUGUUGUACCGACUUCAACUUCACCAUCUGCUCUUACCUCAGACCGGAGAACAACAACAAUUAAAGUGACCAUAAUUGAAUCCACUGUGACUGAAAUACCUUUAGCUACUACAACAACGGCUGCACCUCCACCUCUGAAGAUUACCACAACUUCUCCUGUGUCCACCUCCACAACCUAUGCUGAGAGAACCUCCUGGUCUGCUGCUGUUCCAACAGAGAAAACCACUCAGACCACAACUUCAAGACCUCCAGAGGUUCCAGAAACGUCCACCGUGUCCACAGGUCCCUCUGUCACAACAAAACCAACUGUACCACCAGUGUCUCCUAUAGAAACCACUGCUGUACCACUUUUACCAACAGCAGAGAGCUCCACCCAUCCUUCGUCUACCUUGCAGACCUCCGAGCCGUGGGUUCCCCCCCAUUGGGAGACCUCCUCCACCCCAUUCUACAGCCCCACAGUGAAGACUACGCCAGAGGUCACUUCUGAAACUAUCAUCCAUGAGGUCACUUCCACUAAAACUACUGAAGUGCCACGCAUUCCUGUAACAUCAAAGCUGGUUGUCACCUCUGCGACAUCGGCUGCUGCGACAACCACCACUGCUAAAACUUCCAUGUCCCCUCAAAUCUCAACUGCAGAAAUCCCUGCCACCACAACCAGGAAACUGGCUACACCCUCACAUCCACCUGCGCCUGGUAUUCCUGAGACACUUCUCACCAGCAGCUCUACAAAAGCUCCACUAGAUGUUGUGACCACCACGCUCAGACCUGUUAUCCUGCAGCCGAUUGCAGAGACGACACAUCCAGUAACUGGCAGAGUGGAGGUGUCAACAAGAUCUACAACCCCACCGCCCCCAUCUUGGUCUCCUCUGCACAUAUCUACUUCCACCGCGGCUCCAAGGCCAACGACUGUCCAGGACAGAGUCACCACCCGGCUGGUGUCCACUGCUGGAGCUACACCGGCUAGAACAACUACCACCAUCGCAAGGACGACUACUGUCAGAACGACACCCCGAGUUACCCCAAGAAUCACGUCGACUGAGAGGUCAACCAUCAGGCCAGUCACAGCAAGGGUCACCGUAGCAACAAGGCUUCCACCAGUAACGUCCAGCUCAACCACUCUUGGCCCACUGACUGUCACUCCAAGUCCUGGCACAACAACCACGUCAGUAAUGCCGUCUACAACUGUCCCAACAACUGCCGACUUGUUCACCACAGCGAGCACGACCGAACUUGCCGACACAACAGCAGCAGUUCCCCGCCCGACCACCGUGACCGCUCCAGUGCCUGUUCCUACUACAACAACAGUCACAACUACAAUCGUCCCCAUGACAACCACUAGAGAGUCAGCCACAUCGGAGAUAACCCUGACAACCAAAGAGAGAGAAGUGUCAACAUCCACAUCCCAUGUGGUGACGCCUCCACCUGAUACACACCUGAUCUCCACCCAGAAGCCCGGUAUUCCUACUCCAGCUAGCGCUUCACCUCCAGCAGUCACCUCGGCCAAAACUACUGAGCAGGACCGAGUCGAUCGUACGAGUCCAGGUGCAACGACGCCUCCUGUACCAGGGUUACCUUACACAGCACUGGAAACGACCAGACACACAGCAGAGGGGACAACUUCUAUGGCUGUAUCACCAACAAGGAUGUGCACUCCUCCGUAUGCAGAGAUCGUGGAUGAGUGUACAAAGUACAUCUGCGUCAACCACCAGCUCGUCCUGUUCAACAAAUCUCAGAGCUGCCCCUUCACCUCUGACCCUCCGAACUGUGGCCUGCUUGGCUUUGCCAUACUGGUCAAUGGAGACAAGUGCUGCCCAAAGUGGGACUGUCCAUGUCGCUGCUCGAUGUUUCCAGAUCUUAAUGUGAUCACAUUUGAUGGGAACAGCGUUGCCAUCUACAAGGCCGCCUCAUACAUAGUGACCCAGCUGCCCAAUGAGACCGUCAGCAUCAUGGUUCAAGAGUGUCCUGCUGAUUCAGAGUCACCAUCCCUCUGGAAUUUCACCAACCUGUGUUUGGUGGCGCUCAACAUCACACACAAAUCCAAUCACAUCAUCAUCAACAGACUGCAGAGGAGGCUCUACGUCAACUCUCGAUACGCCAAGCCUCGAUAUAAAAAGUUUGGCUUUGAGAUCUACGACACAGGCAACAUGUACCUAAUCCGCAGCCCUGCUGGUCUCAAGUUGCAGUGGUAUCAUAGCACCGGCAUGAUGGUGAUCGACACCGACCGUUCCCGCAACAAGCUCAACACAAUGGGCCUCUGUGGUUUCUGUGAUGGAGACCCGACAAACGACCUGACUUUGGCCAACGGCACCACAGUGGGUGCAAGCGAGGAUCCAGCUAUUUUCAUCGACAGCUGGCAGGUUCCCAACACCACCAGCUACAUCAGCAACAGCCGCCGCCGCGAGCUCAACUGCUCGACAAGCAACUGCUCCGUCUGCAUGCUCAUGCUGCAGAACGACGCCUUCUCCCCCUGCCACGCCUUCGUCCCGCCGAGCACAUUCUGUGAGGUUUGGGUACGAGAUGCAGAGUAUGUCAACAACCAGUGUGUUGCGCUGGCUGCCUACGUGGCUUCUUGCCACAAAUUCAACAUCUGCAUUGAGUGGAGGACUCCAGAUUACUGCCCCUUCCUGUGUCCCGACACUCUGCGGUAUCAGGCCUGUCUGCCGACCUGCACGUCUCAGUCCUGCCCCAACCAUGACUUUGACUCGGACCCGGAUCAGUGUUCAGGUCUGACUGAGGGCUGCGUGUGCCCAGAGGGAACGCUCCUCCACCGGCCGUACUCCGCCCUUUGCAUCUCGCCUGAGAAGUGUGCCUGCACUGACAGCUCCGGUGUUCCUCGUGCAUAUGGCGAGGUGUGGAAAGCCUCCAAAGACGCCUGCUGCAUGUACCGCUGCGACAACGACAUCAUCGUCCCCAUUGAGUACAACUGCUCCAACAUUGUGGCGCCGCUGUGCCAUCGAGCAGGGGAGGUGAUCAUCAGCCUGGCCGACGACACCAGCUGCUGCCCGCAGAAAGUCUGUGUGUGCAACCAGAGCUUGUGUGACAUGCUCCCUCCAGAGUGUAAAUACGGGGAGAAGCUGGUGUCAUACUACAAACAAGACUCCUGCUGUCCGGACUACGUCUGUGAGUGUGAUCCUGAACUCUGUGAGUCGGACGUUCCCACCUGCAGAGAGGACCAGAGUCUGAUCGCCACCAGGGCCGACGGCAGCUGCUGUCUCGCUUACAUCUGCAUGUGUUCUUCCUGCCUGGAGAUGCCUCCUCUCUGUCAGGAUGGCGAGGUGCUGACGGUGGACAGUAACACCACGGACCGCUGCUGCCCCGCCUACCAAUGUGUGUGUGAGCCCUACAGGUGUCCUGAGCUUGGUUGUCCUGUUGGGAUGUCAGUGGUGUCCGUGUCCAGUCCGGGUCGCUGCUGUCCAAACCAAACAUGUGAGUGUACCUGUGAAAAGAUCACCUCCCCAAAAUGUGGCCUGGGAGAGGCCGCCCAGCUGGACCGGGCCUUCCUGUCUGACCCACAGAACCAGUGCGCCUGCAAAAGAUACAAGUGUGUGCGCGAGGCGGUGUGUGUGUUCGGCGAGCGUGGCGUGUUGCGGCCGGGUCAGACUCUGGUGGAGCACCGCGACGAUGGCUUGUGUCAGAGCAGGCAGUGCAGCCGCAUCCUCGACCUGGCAAGCGGCUUUCACCUCCUGCGCACCAACAGCAUCAACUGCUCCGCCCACUGCCAACCAAAUCAGAUCUACGUCCCUCCAAAGGACCAGACGACGUGCUGUGGCGUUUGUAAGAAUAUUUCCUGCAUUUACGAACACGAGAACGGGACGACAGUUCUUUAUAAGCCGGGGAAGUCCUGGGUAUCAAACUGCAUGAAGUUUGACUGCACAGACACUCUGUCUGGACCCACGCUCAUCUCCUACUCCUUCAGCUGCCCACCAUUCAACGAAACAGAGUGUAUGAAGAUUGGUGGAACCGUUGUAAGCUACAUGGACGGAUGCUGCAAGACAUGCAAAGAAGACGGGAAGUCGUGUCAGAAGGUGACAGUGAGGAUGACGAUCAGGAAGAACGACUGUCGCAGCAACAGACCGGUGAACAUUGUGUCAUGCGAUGGGAAGUGUCCGUCCGCCAGCAUCUACAACUACAACAUCAACACCUACGCGCGCUUCUGCAAGUGCUGCAGGGAGACGGGGCUGCAGCGGCGCGCCGUGCAGCUCUACUGCACCGGCAACGCCACCUGGGUCAGCUACACCAUCCAGGAGCCCACCGACUGCUCCUGCCAGUGGUCCUAAACACACACAUACUACACUGAUACGCACACAGUGUUUAGAUGUACAUCCUCUAAAACCACAAAACAAAGAAGAAGAAGAGGAAGAAGAAACACAUCAGCAAUGUUGCUUUAGGAUGUUGUGAGAGUGAAAUACUGAGCUGUGAUUGUCUGGAUUGCGUAACUGACGCUCUCGCUCUUCCAUUUAUUGUUCUGCAGCCUCUGCUGGUAGGGAGGUGGUACUGCAGGGCAGCUGCACACUACAGGGCACUGAAGGUGACCUUUGACCUCAUAUAUUUACCCUCUUGUCACAAAAGACAAGAGUGGCCUACUUAUGACGUCACCCCAUGAUGAGUUUUGUUAGUCAUUUAUGAGAAUUUGGAUUCACCAGAAGAACAUUUUUAUUACUUAAGUUGAUUAAAAGUUGUUCAGUGUAUCAUUUUCACAUCAGUCUAGAAAAGUUGUAUGACUAUCCUUUAUUAUACGUUUACUGGAACCAAUGAGAGCAUGCUGGAGCCGACUGGUAGCCUCUAAUUCACACCAGUGCUAAUAAUACAGCAAAACUCAGCAGGAAUGGUCAAAUUUCCCAUCAGACCCAUUUCUUUCAUACCUUCCCAUCCCCACCGACAAUCUUUAUAAAUAAACAUGCCGCAAAGACCCAAAACAUUCUGCUUUACUGCACUGCUGCACUGCCACCUCCCUGUCAGCAUGUAGAGAAAAAGUAAAUGUUUAGCAAAGAAAAAAGUAAGUUGAUCUCUUGUUUUGAGUGGGAGCUACUGUAUCUGCUCGUCUCCUCAGCUUCUCUGCUGCCAUGACUGUAAAGUAAAAGUUAUUAAAAACACAAGAUUUAGAAAAAAGAGGGUUGUGAUACAAAGUUUCAGGAGACGAACCUUGACAUCGUCUCGGCUUGGUUCAGUCCAUCAUUGUUUGGAGAUUCAUAUUUUACCCAGAAUUUCUCAUGUUGUGACUUGUUUUUGUAAAUAACUUUACUUUUUUAAAUGAUUUGCAAUAUCAAAUUCUUAGAUAUUUUACUUUUAGAAAGACAACAAUAAACUGUAUAUUCAGUGAUGUGAACUAUACUUCAUAUAAUCAACACUAGUGAGGUGUAUAACUGAUUUUAAUCCAGCUGUACGUGGAGCACUUUAUUUAUUUAUUGGAGUUUGAUAGAGCACAGCCGUUCUGAUUUCUAUGGAUGACAACAUGGAGAGAAGAGAAGCAUUAGGCCCAACUGAAGAACCAACAAACAGGAUUUCAAUUUUUUAUUUGGUUUUAUUCCCGAUUACAGAUUAUAUUAGGAGAGCGUUAUUGAGGUUUCUCUCUGGACUAAACUCUUAAUGUGUUUGUUCACAUCAAACAGACCCACCUGGAUAGAUGAGUUAAAGAGGAUUUGUAUCAUACAAAUGUACAUUCGCAUUUUCAAUAAAU